AUGCUUCCCAAUGAUCGUCUAGUCAUGGAUGUGCCACUGGCCGUAGGCAUUGGCCUUGUGGCAAGCUUUGUCCAGAGUUUAGGCUUGACAGUACAGCGCCGCUCGCAUCUCCAAAAUGAGAGUCUACCCGAAGACAUGCGAAAGUCCGAGUGGCGGCGACCGCUCUGGAUCAUAGGCUUUGUGGUGUUCUUGGGCGCCAAUAUCAGCGGAACAAUCUUCCAGAUUGGUUCAUUGCCCGUGGUAAUCCUUGCACCUCUUGGAGCUCGCCCGCCAUUUGUGAUGCUUGCGACGCUGUUUGCGCUGGUUUUCUUAUCAAUGUUGUGCAUGGCGCACCUCACAGAAUGGCAGCUUGUCUGGCAACAUAAAAACCCGUCCCGCUGGAAAUCGGGACGCACAAGAGGGCGUGCCUAUAUGCGCCGUCAUCGAACAGCUCCGGCACUAGCCACUGUGGCAGAGCGACGAUCGAUUGCGCCGCCUACCAUCCCCGUCGCCUACGCCCAGCGAUGCGUCAACGCAGUCUUGGAUACACCGUCCGUCGCAUCGUCCUACAGUCUUGGCGCUCGCAGUGAUUUACAGCGCCUCCAGUGGUACAUUGAGUGCCUUAAACUCGCUGAUCCCGUGCUGGUGGCGCCAUUGGCGUUCUGCUUUUACAACAUCUCCUCUAUAACUCUGGGACUCGUGUACUUUGAUGACCUCUCCCUUCUCUCCUGGACCAGCGUGCUGAUGGUCGUACUGGGCACGUGCCUACUGCUAUGUGGUGUAUGGACCAUUAGUCUUCAUCGCAUGCCUUCCUCAACGGAUGAAGAAGACAGCCGCCAAGAAGACCUUUGCUGGGGCCCAGGUUGGCACGACGCAGCGCCAAUUUCACCUAUCCGUGAUGAAGAGCGCAUGCCCCUUCGUGGAGAGACCGAGCAUGUGGCCACCAACACCCAAUCGACCCUUGAUUUGUCAACUCCAAGGCGUCCGUCGACGUGGACCCCCCGAGAUGCAGGUGCACGGUCGUCUUCAAUCGAGCUGGACCAUGCGCUGACCGAAGGAAUCUACUCGUCGGAUCAGGCGCAUACAAAGCGGACGUGUGGGCCUACCUUAUACGACAUUUUGGUCGAACGUGGCUUAAGCAUCGGUUUGAGUCCCAGCUCCCCAGGCUUCCAUGUUCAGACUCGGCGCCGUAUGACCGGGCCCGCAGCGCCGCAGGAUUCUUGA